AUGUCCAGCAACUUCGUCUCCGGUGAUGAAAUCCCCGUCCAGGACAACGAUUACGUGACCAAGAACGAGGAAAUCCCCGUGCAGGAUGAUCUCAAAGAGGUGGAGGAUCCCAUUGACGAGAACGUUGCGGACUCGGACGAACAGCUCGCCAAGGAUGAAAGUGAGGCAAUCGAUACUUCCAACAUCAUCAAGGAGCGUACUCGUCAUGCCAAGCCCCAGACCGAGAACGGUUACAACGAGGGCCCCUCGGAGGAGGACCUCCCCCCUGCGUAA